GUUGCAGCCCGUGCCUAUCCCAGUUUACUCGCAAGCAAGCCCCACGGAGGCGCAUAGCACUUAAUUCCUAGGAAGUGCGUUUAGGACCGCAGUCCUCAAGUUGCAAUCCCUGCGGCUACAGAACACAUCCCCCAGACAGCAAACAAACCGGAAGACCCCCCUCCCCUGGCUGCAUUUUGAAAUCCAUUCCACCGCAGAGAAGAAGAAUGUGAGGGAGAGGAGGGGAGAGAAAAAAAAUUCCGCUGGCUUGAGCCACUUCCUCGCCUAACCCCAGUGCGGACGGGGCGGGGGGAGAGCAUGUCAGCUUGAACAACUUCCUACCAGGCUCCCAGCGGCAGGCAGUAAAAGCGACCUUUUCAACUCCUGCCAGCGUCGGCCGAUUCCUGCCCCCUGGCAGCGUGGAGGGAGGAAGCGAUGAAGAAAGGGGGGGGGUGGCUGACUCUUUGCACUCCCCAGCCGCUGCGCGGGGUGUCCUGCCUGUGCAUCUCGCUCCACCCUGCCAAGCACUUCCCCCGCGAGGCUUUGCAUUCGCCGCAGACAAGAGGCAGAAAUAAAGAAGCCACCAAGGCGCCGCCUGAGGAAGGGCGCGAGUCCGAGACGGCUGCCUGAAGAACCUGGCCAGUGCUCGCUUCCAGGGUGCCUCUUCUCUCUCUCUCCCCCCCCCGCCCCUUUUGUGGUUUGUUUGUUGUUUUUUGGCGGGCGGGUGGUCUGGAUCUGCCAUGACUCUGCCGAGUGGGGCUGAGUGAACCUGAAGUGUGAGGGGGACAGCGCGUUCCCGAGCCCACCUCUCUCAGGAAGACCAUGAGGCGACUGGCGCUACUUUUUUUACUUCCCUUGCUGUGGCUUGGCAAGAUCAAAGUUGCUGCUGGUUGUGAUGGAUGCAGUUUGGUGUUCAAUUCAACAGAAACUGAAAUACAUAUUCAGUUACCUUCCAACAUUUCAAUACAUAAUGUAACUGCAAUAGAUGGAACACUGGCUACUUUUAAUAGAACAAAUUUGAUACCUGGUUUGAUAUCUGGACUUAAACCUGGCAUACAGUAUAUUGUUUAUAUUCAGAGUUCUAAUGGAACAUGCUGUGAAAACAUUACAACAGUGCCCAGUCCUGUUGAUUACAUCAGCAUUGAUUCCAUCGAUACCACAGCAGUAAGUUUAUCGUGGAACAAUAGUGAUCCAAAUGCUGCUAGUUAUACUUACAAAAUCUACAUUACGGGAUAUGGCAGUCCCAGAGUGGAAACUUCUGAGAGUAACAGCACUGUAAUUAGUGGCUUACAACCUGGAACACUGUACACAUUUGCAAUAUAUCCAGUAGCAAGUGAUAAUAAAACUGAAGGAAAUCCAAAGAAUAUCUCCAUUUAUACAGUGCCCAGUCCAGUUGAUUACAUCAGCAUUGAUUCCAUCGAUACCACAGCAGUAAGUUUAUCGUGGAACAAUAAUGAUCCAAAUGCUGCUAGUUAUACUUACAAAAUCUACAUUACGGGAUAUGGCAUCCCCAGAGAGGAAACUUCUGAGGCUAACAGCACUGUAAUUAGUGGCUUACAACCUGGAACGCUGUACACAUUUGCAAUAUAUCCAGUAGCAAGUGAUAAUAAAACUGAAGGAAAUCCAAAGAAUAUCUCCAUUUAUACAGUGCCCAGUCCAGUUGAUUACAUCAGCAUUGAUUCCAUCAAUACCACAGCAGUAAGUUUAUCGUGGAACAAUAAUGAUCCAAAUGCUGCUAGUUAUACUUACAAAAUCUACAUUACGGGAUAUGGCAUUCCCAGAGAGGAAACUUCUAAGGCUAACAGCACUGUAAUUAGUGGCUUACAUCCUGGAACACUGUACACAUUUGCAAUAUAUCCAGUAGCAGGUGAUGAUAAAACUGAAGGAAAUCCAAAGAAUAUCUCCAUUUAUACAGUGCCCAGUCCUGUUGAUUACAUCAGCAUUGAUUCCAUCAAUACCACAGCAGUAAGUUUAUCGUGGAACAAUAGUGAUCCAAAUGCUACUGGUUAUACUUACAAAAUCUACAUUACGGGAGAUGGCAAUCCCAGAAAUGAAACUUCUGAGGCUAACAGCACUGUAAUUAGUGGCUUACAACCUGGAACGCUGUAUACAUUUGCAAUAUAUCCAGUAGCAGGUGAUGGUAAAACUGAAGGAAAUCCAAAGAAUAUCUCCAUUUAUACAGAGCCCAGUCCAGUUUCAUUCUUUCACAUUGAAAAUAUCAGUACCACAGCAGUAGAUUUGUGGUGGAACAGUAGUGAUUCAAAUGCUGCUAGUUACACUUACAGAAUCCUAAUUGAAACAGGAAAUAGCAACAAUACAAAAAAUCCUAAUUCCACCACUGCAAGAAUCAGUGACUUAGAUCCUGGAACAUCGUACAAAUUCACAAUAUAUCCAGUAGCAGGUGAUGGUACAACUGAAGGAAAACCAAUGUAUGGCACAUGUUAUACAAAGCCCAGUCCAGUUUCAUUCUUCCACAUUGGAAACAUCAGUACCACAGCAGUAGGUUUGUGGUGGAACAGUAGUGAUUCAAAUGCUGCUAGUUACACUUACAGAGUCCUAAUUGAAACAGGAAAUAGCAGCAAAACAAAAAAAUUUGAUACCACCACUGCAGAGAUUGACAACUUAGAACCUGGCACACCAUACACAUUCACAGUAUAUCCAGUAGCGGGUGAUGGUACCACUGUCGGAGGACCAAAGUAUGAAACCGGUUAUACAUAUCCAGCAUCUGUGGGGAGCCUGGACUGCAAGGAAGUGGCUAAGAAACCACACUUGGUUCUAAACUGGAGUACUCCAGCUGGAAUGUUUCAUAGCUUCAGCAUUAAAAUCUUCAAUAGUACCUGGAGGGAUACUCAAAAUUGUAGCUUGGAAGAGCGGAACACCACAUUCACAAAUUUGAGUUACUUUACCACCUACAAUGUUAGCAUUGUAACCCAUUCAUUUACAAAGGAAAGCCUUCCUCAAGAAAUAAACUGUCAAACAAGUAUCGGUGAUCCUCCACCUCCAUCUAAUGCCCCUUCUGUUAAGGCAACUAGCCACAACUCUUUGAAAGUUCAGUUCAGUAACUUUGAUUCAGCUAAUGGACCUAUAACAGCAUAUGCAGUAAUAAUCUCAACAUCCACAGAUAUAAAUUACGACGAGUCCUUUAACUAUACAUAUCAUGAUUUCAUCAAUAAGAAAACAAAUGCUUAUGUUGCAUUUGUCAUACUUGAGCAAAAGCGUUCAUCUUCCUCCUCCAACAGUCGUGAUUUUGACAUUGAAGUAGGAGAUGGAUCUACAACAAAUGGUUAUGUCAAUGGGAAAUUAGCUCCCCUUGGUUCAUACAGGGCAUGUGUUGCUGGUUUCACGCAUAUUGUCUUUAUAAAUGAGACCACUGGACCUAUCAAUGUAAGGAGAAGUUAUGUCUCAUAUUCACCCUUUUCUGAUGUUGUUGUCUUACCUCAAAACCCAGCUGUCAUCAUAGGAGCUGUUGUUGGGUGUAUUUUGGGUGUUGCCGUUAUUGCUGCAGUAUUGGCUUUGAUAUUCUGGAGAAAAAGAAGGAAAGGUGGAAAUGAUGGCCUGGUGUUUACUUCAAUCGAAUCAAAGUUACUUAAAGUGGAAAACUUUGAGUCUUACUUUAAGAAACAGAAAGCUGAUUCAAACUGUGGAUUUGCGGAAGAGUACGAGGAUCUCAGGCCAGUUGGUGUAAAUCAGCCCAAAUUUGCAGCGGAGCUGACAGAGAACAAAGCAAAAAACAGAUACAACAAUGUUCUGCCAUAUGACAUUUCUCGUGUUAAACUGUCAAUCGAAAACCAUCCAACCAAUGAUUAUAUUAAUGCAAAUUAUAUGCCCGGAUACAAUUCGAAGAAAGAAUUCAUUGCUGCACAAGGCCCUUUGCCUAACACUGUGCAAGACUUCUGGCGCAUGAUCUGGGAGAAGAAUAUUUAUACAGUUGUUAUGUUAACUAAGUGCAUUGAGCAAGGCAGGACAAAGUGUGAGGAGUAUUGGCCAGACAAACAAUCCAAGACUUAUGGGGAGAUUACAGUAGCCAUGACCUCAGAAAUUUUCCUUCCAGAGUGGACAAUAAGAGAUUUCUCUAUGAAAAAAAGCAAUUCAUCUGAAAGUCACCCUGUGCGACAGUUCCACUUCACUGCCUGGCCAGAUCAUGGUGUUCCGGAAACAACCGACCUUCUCAUUAGCUUCAGACAUUUAGUUCAGGAUUAUAUGAAGCAAAAACCACAAACAUCUCCUACCUUAGUACACUGCAGUGCCGGAGUUGGAAGGACAGGAACUUUCAUUGCAAUUGAUCGCUUGAUCCAUCAAAUGGAGAUGGAGAACACAGUAGACGUGUAUGGUGUUGUAUAUGAUCUUCGAAUGCAUCGGUCUUUAAUGGUGCAAACAGAGGACCAGUACAUCUUCCUAAACCAGUGUGUUUUGGACAUUAUUAAAUCCCAGAAAGAGAAGAAAAUGGAUCUUAUCUAUCAAAACACAAAUGCCAUGGCAAUCUAUGAGAACUUUACACCAUCACCACAUCCUGGGAAAGCAAAUGGUUACCAUGCAUAACUGUAAAGGUGUAACAUCUCUCCCACUUCUGCCUUCUACAUAGGAAAGGGAAUUCGCACUGUUUUUGUAUUUCUUUGUAUACAGAGACUUUUUUCAUUUUUUAAAUAACUGAUUGAAAAUGCACAUGUUAAAAAUGUCAAUGGGAACUGUGGUUUGGUGUUAAAAGGAAAAAAGACUGUAUUUAACAGAGGAAUUCUGCUUUGAGGAAAGUCAAGAAGCAUUGUUAUUUGGUGAAAUUAACUCCUUUUUCUAAAUGGUGAGAUCCAUUUUUAAUUUCAAAAAUAACAAAUUACACUGAUUCUUUUUAAAACUACAUUAAAAAAAAUCAGGCUCCUGUUCAGACUUCUAAGACAUUGAAUAUAUUCAAUGUGUUCCAGAACUGUUUGUGUAUAUAGGUUGUUUUAACCAAUGAACAUUGCAUCACAGUGACUAUUCAGGUUUGGGUUUUUUUAAACGAACACAACUCUUGCAAAUAGAAUGUUUUAAAAUGUAAUUGUGCCUUUUUUCUAGCUGUUUUGCUAUAUACAAAAUGAUCACAGAGACCUAUAUUUUUAUAUUGAAAUUCUCAGUUGGAAUAGAACACCUACCUAAGAUGAACACCCGUUUUCUUAUUUGGAAUAGCUUUGCUGAUUCUUUCCUCAUGGAGGUGGUGCCUCUUUCUCUGUAAUUCACUUUAGCUGACAGUGACUUUCUUGUAGAGAUGAUUCACUUGGUCAUGUGAGGACAGCUGUAAUGAUGUGAUAAUGUGGUUGCAUGAAACUAUAUUAAGCUAAGAAGCACAACACUUUCUUGAAGGGCCAAGCUGAAAGUUAUCUUGUUUCAUGUUCAUUUUCAUGAAUCAAAAAGCACCUCCAGUUUUCAGCGGUUCCUGACAUUGAUGUUCUUCAAUAUCAUUCAGUGCCCUUUUGCCCUUUUUUGCUACUUUGACCUCACUGUCCUCAGUCAGUUCAAUCUGAGUGUAGUGGCCCAUAUGGUUCUGUCUAAUGUCAUGGCACUACUUCUGAGGUGUUUAUAAACAUAGUCACGUGAUGUGCUAUAGCCAAUCCGAUUAAGCAGAAGCCAGAACAAAUAAAGCUGAGGUCAGCAAAGACAAAGUGAAGAAAAAAUGGCAGCAGCCAGUGGAAUAACAGGUUGCCAUACAGAAGAAAUCUCCCCCCCCCCCAGGAGUUCGCUUGACUAUGUUGAAUAUGCUAAUUGUAAAACAAAUUAGAUCAUGCUUGGUCCAGCCCUUACGUUGCAAUUGCAACACUCAGCAAUGAGUGUGGAAACAGGACAGCUUUGCAUUCCCUGGCUGCUUACAAACUUGACAUGGAGGCUCUAUCUGCAGAGAGGUUGUCUGCAGCCUCCAGUAAGCCAGUCCACAUGCAGCCUCCCUGCAGCCUCAGGUUUCAGAGAAGUUCCAGGAGAGUGGUAAUGCUGUGCUUACCAUGUGCAAAUAGGCUACAGGCAGCCAUCUCUCCAUGUGGUUGGAGCCACCACAUGGUAAGUUCUUUAUGUUCCCACUGCAUAGUUAGCACUUAGCAGUUUAUCCAAAAGAUGGACGUGUCACUUGAUAGCUACAGCCUCAGCUGACCUUGAGGAUUUGGCCCUCAAUGUUAUCAUUAAUGGAAGAGGAAGGCUAUGUAUCAAUCUGAGCUUUAACUGUUGUUUUCUUUGCGUUUGUGUGUUGUGGUAUGGAUGUAGUGCUGGUGAAGAGAAGACCCUCUUUAUUCCAGCUUUUCUUUUGGUUUUAUUGUACAUAAGGAUUUAUUUAAAAGUGCAAUAUUUGAUUUAUUGAAUGAAUGAUUGCCUCUAUUUCCCAUAGAGUUACUCAGGUUCCGUGUCGCUUCUUAUUUGUUCUGUGGUUUACAUUCUUUAAUGUAUAAUUUUGUGAAGAUUGAAGAACUCCUGUGGAAGAGUGAUCUCCAGAAGGUUCAUUGGCAUUACUGAAAUUCUGACAAAAGUAAAUGUACAAAGAUCUACUGAUUUUGCAACUGCAGAAUAGGUUUUAGCCAGUUAAAACUGAGGUAUAUAUAUAUAUAUUUUAAUGGUGUCAUGUAUCAAAGAUAUAUGAUUGCUCUGUAAUUUUUCAUUUGUGUUUUGCAUUAUGCUGCUGUAGUUGUAAUGGCUACGAUUUAAUGAAAAUCGAAGGGUUCUCCAUUAAAUUUAUUUUGUUGGUACACUGAUGCUAGAACUAUAAAGGCAUUAUUAAUAAAGGACAUGGUUUGGGAAAUGGGAGGGGGCUCAUUCUUUUAGGCAAUGCGCUGGCAGCAUUACAAACUGGUAUGAUCAUUGAGUGUUAUAUAGAGUUAUCUAUAAAGUUCGUUAGUAUUGUGAAUACCAUGCCUUGGUUUCCUUUUGGUGCAAAAUCCCUUUGAAUUUCAUUGAGCUUGUGCAGGCAGAAUGCUUGAGGAAUAAGGUUGCUAAAUAACACAAUAAACCGUCAUCCUUGGUUCUGUGGUAUUUCAGUCUGCUUGUAUGCCAAAAACUGCUGUAUAUUUUGGAAAUCAAAUGAGUGUGUUUGUUACCCUGCCUGCUGUACUUCUACACGUCCAUGAUUUAUGGCUUUUCUAAAUCUGUGGCCUUAUAUAAAAUGGCAUUGGAUUUUAACUUUUUUAAAUGAAGGAAGGGGCCCUUUUAAGUACAGAUGAAUUUGCUUCACACAUGCCACUUCUUAAUGUAAUUUCUGUAUAAUUGAGCAAGACCCCGCCAAGAAACUUAAAUUGUACAAGUGAAUGAAAGAAUUAUUGCACAUCAUUUUGGAGCUACAAGUUGGCAAGAACAAUGAAUGCUUGUAAAUGGAAAAUAGAAACUUUCAAAGGCACCAUACAGAAAUAAGCUUUUAAUGGGAUUGUUUUGUAUAGAAAUAUGCCUUCUACAAAAAAAACUUGUGGUACCUUAACAAAUAUAUUGUAGCAUAAGUUAUAUGAAAUGCAGUCUGAAGAGGCACAGCAUUGACUGGUGACUGGGUUGAAGAAUUGUGAGUGCAUAUAGAGUUUCUACCAAUUUGGCUCCAGCUUGGAGCCAGAUAUCGGAGAUAAGAGGCAAUGAUCUGUGAUAACUGAAUCCUAACCAAGCAAUAAUUGAUGCUAGCUGGUUUCAUGCAGUUUGAGACAACUGCAGUUAGCAUGUAAAUAACUUAUGAGCUUGCCUUACAAGGGGAGUUCCAGAUCAAAAAUUAACAUAUUAGUGUUUACAAAUUAUUGCUGUAUCCAAAAGGUUAACAGGGUUGAUGUCUAUUUCUCACUAAAAUAAAUGGCAUCCUCUUUAGGCAAUGCAGUUAUUCUUAAGCAUUGUAUGUCUGAAGUUUAUAUCUGAUAAAAUGUUGAUUAAACCAUUCCCUUAAAGCUGUAGGGCCCUGAAGCAAGCAAACCAACCUAAGCUCAUAUGGUUGUGGGUCCAGGAUUUGGGCAAAGAAAAUUGGGAGAAGAGAGGAGUGCUGUACACUCCACACUCAGAUCCUCCUGCCUAGGGCUGCCAUAUAGAAAACAGGACAGGUCUCCUGUACCUUUUUAAGAGAUGUGCAAAAGAAAUAAUUUCAGCAGGUGCAGCUCCCCCCCGCCCCCGCAUGACCAGCUGCAUCUGCUGACAUUCUCUUACAGGAGACAUGUCCUCUUUUCCAUAUGGCAGCCCUACACCCUCUUCUUCCUCUCAAUUAAUCUCCUGCUCUCUAUUAUCCAUGCAUCAUGGUGAUGCUGAGGGAUGCUACUAGGCUGCAGGCUGUAGCCAUAAUAGGGUAUGUUCCAUGAAAGGCAUCUGUGCCCAGAGGCAAGUAUCUAGGGUUGGGCUGGGGCAGAAUCAGGACUGAUGGAGAGACAAUUUAGAAAACUAGUCGCUUUCUCAUUAGAUCAUUCCCAUAGGCAAUCUAGCUGCAGGGGAAAAUAUUGUUAAUGCUCUAACACAACUCUAAACAUUUGUACCUGCAUACCUGCCUGUAAUGGCAACAUAAUGGAAUGACCAGGGACUGUACACUGACCCUAUCAUAAGCACUUGUUUUCUGACAGGUCUGGCCCUACCAUUAGGCAGGUGAAGCAAGUCACUUCAGGCAGUAGAUUUGGGGACAGUAAUGAAGGGUAGCAUAAUGAAAGUAGUGUCAAUUAUUUAGUGUACUAUUACCACUAAGAGGGCACCACUGGUUUUUCUGACUUGGGAACCAAAAUCUCCUGGUUUGUCUCUGUUUGCUGGUGCAAAGAUGGCCCAGCUGGAUAUCUGGCAGGAAUAGGAAUACCUUCUUACUGGUCUGCUUGUUAUAUAACUCCUUUUUUAUCUAGGCUUAGAAGUUAUCAAAAAUACCUUCAGAGUGCAUCAUUACGUUGCUGAGAGUGUUCAAAUCUUCCCAUUCUAGCCUUAACACUGGGAGUGAUAACCUAUGGGGCACAAUUCAAAGAGAGGAAAGAACUAUGCAUGCAGCUGGAAUCUUACUUGCUAUGUUUGUACCCCAGUAGUUUCCACUGCCAAAGGGAGGAGCUGCUAUUAAUUUAAAAGCAGCCAGUUCUCUUAGGCAGUGGGAAGAAUGGCAGCACCAAUAGCCAAGUAAAGUUCCCUGCAUAUCCCUUCUUUGGAUGCCUAUCAAUGUUUCUAACUGGAUAUUUUUUUCUUCAUGUGAAGCCUGCUUUUAAAAGGGACUGUUAAUUGUGCAUCAGAAGUUGCUAUUAUGAUCAUUGUGUGUUCAAAUGAUGAACAAUGUUCAGUGUUUCCUCCAUUGUACUGAUGUUUGCUACAUACUGUCUUAAUUUUAAUGGUUUGAUUUGUUUUUCAAUGACAUAAAAUUAAAAAAAUGACAUGA